AUGGAUCCCACCAUACGCCGACGAAGAUCCGACGACUCGAGAUCAAAACAGUUCGCAGUCUCCAAAGAUCCCGCGCGCGACGCUCCAUCUCACGACUUAAGGGACAAUCAUCGACUCGGAAAGGCGACCCUGAACAAAAGCACGAUAACCUUCUCUCUUUACGAUAAUGUCGAGCUCGAUAUGCCCCACGACGAUGCUUUGAUCAUCACGAUUAACCUCGCCGGGGUCUCUUUUUCGAAGGUUCUCAUCGAUUCCAGAUGCGUAGGCAAUCUGCUAUCGCACGAUACCUUUGAGAAAAUCAGCCGACCUGAUUUGGCAAUCAACAAAUACGCUCCUCCCCUCUACAGCUUUAGAGGUGGAAGCAGAGUACCCUUACUAGGAAACGUGGCGAUCACCGUCAGGGCACACGAUUCCGAGAAAGAAACGGAGUUCUCCGUAAUGCACGACCUCUCUCCAUUCGACGCUGUCUUAGGACGACCUUGGCUCCAUCAGAUGAGGGCAGUCCCUUCGAUUUAUCAUCAAGGCAGUCAACGACGAAGUUGA